AUGGGACAACACAGCGCCAAGGAGUUCAGGGGAUCAAGACGAGGCGAAAGCAAUAGUGGCGUUUUCCCCCUGGGGCCAGGUCAUGCACAUGUCGGUAUGGGUUCAACGAAAAAACCACUGGGCAUACAUACAUCGGCUGUACAGAACAAUGUCCUUCGACAGCGUAACCAACAUCGGAGGGUUAUGCAUGAGGAAGGUGGUUCCCAUCCCCGUGGACAGGAGGCAGACGGUUCCCAUGGCGAGGAUAUUGCUGAAGAGAAGUUUCCUGUAGUGAUUCGCUAUGCAGCUCAUGAUGUUCGUUCACUUCUGUCCAGUAAUGAAAAAGUUUACGUCGCAGUAGAAUCACUUAAUUGGAGCAAGUUGCCCAUGACUGCUAGCGAAGAUUCAUUUUAUGCAAUUGUAGAGCUUCCGCAAGGCCCACAACGGUUUCGCUUCGUUGUGGGUGAGACGGAAGUAGUGGAUACAGCACAACCCAUCGAGGAUAUUGCGGAAGGUACACCACUGCUUGAACCGCGUGGUGACGUCGGGCACAAGGGGGAAACUCGGGCGAAUGUCAUACACGUUAACAAGGCGCUGCUUCUAACCAAAGAAGAUGAAGAGGUGCCUGAUGAUGGCAGUGGAUGGGGACAAGAGGAGAUUAUUCAUAAGGAAGAUCGUAAGCACCCACCCAUUAUGCCAGUACAUUUACGUUACACACCGGUUAAUACACCACUAACUGCCGCUCGAUGUGCACUUGACGGUUUCAUGCGCACCACUGACGAAGAUACCGUGUCCCCCGAAAAUCUCCCUAUUCCGCUCAGUGUCACUGUUAAUCACGUGUAUUUUCAGCGCCGUGAGGACCACUGUGUUACGGCCAUGACGACCCGUUUUUGCAACAAGUAUUCAACGAUGGUAUAUUAUUCAAAGGCGGAACCCACGGCAUCCCUCCAAUAA